AUGGCGGCAUUUAUUGAGGACCCGGACUGGCUGCUUCAAGGCUCGCAUAGUCAGCCAGGGCGUCACGGGCGCCUUUAUAAGACAGGUGACCUGGCACAAUACAACGAAGACGGGAGGCUGACGUAUGUCGGCCGCAAGGAUAGCCAAGUCAAGAUUAGAGGGCAGCGGGUCGAGCUUGGAGAAGUUGAACACUAUGUUCGGGAGUCUUUGACAACAGAAGUGCGCCAAGGCCCACGACUCCUCGAACACCACGAUGUCGGUUGCGUCGUUGCCCUCGUACGGGGUGAGACGGAAGACGCAGCGAGACGCCGCACUAUCGACGGGGCUGUGAAGGCCCUCUGGUGGAGUAACUGCUAUGCGGAGAAGCUGGAGGUCUGGCCGGGUGACCUGUCGCUGCCACGCUUGGGACUGGAACCUGUGCGCUGGAAUUCACUCGGUGACGGCAAAAUGGUUGAUGUCAUCAUCCAUAACGGCGCUACAGUGCAUUGGGUGGAGAGUUAUGCAGCCCUCGAGGCCACCAACGUCAGCUCGACCAUGGAGCUGUUGCAACCCUCCUUGGCCUCCCAUGUAAGGUUCAUCUACAUAACUGGCGGUCGGCGUUGGGACUCCCGGGAGGAACGGGAGGAGGAUGUGGCGAAGGAACUUUCAGCUACUAACGCCACUGGGUAUAGCCAGACUAAGUUUGUCGCCGAGGCUGUGGUCAAGCGCGCUGCGCGUCGCAGUGUAUCAAUAAGUCGUUCCACAGUUGUGAGUCCUGGCCUCGUCAUCGGGACGCCCACCGAGGGUGUCACCAACGCCGAUGACUAUAUCUGGCGGCUAACGGCAGCGUGCAUCAGAGUAGGUGCGUACAAUGCCAACGAGGCUGAUGCGUGGCUUUCACUGUCCGACGUGGCGACCACGGCUACCACGGUCGUUGACGCUGGAUUGGCCGCAGAGGCAGAGACAAUCGAGGCGCAUUUUAUGGAUGGCAUGACAUGUAGGGAGUUUUGGGAAAUUCUUGGGGAACUAGGCUACCGGCUGGAGGCCAAGUGCUCGGCAGGGUGGCUGGCUGCCCUUCGUGCGGAUAUUGAGGCUGGCAGGGAAAUACAUGCCCUAUGGCCACUGGCACACAUGCUCAGUAACCGAGUUGCGCAGGAAGGGGCACUAUUGGCGGGUAGUUGGCGAGAGAAGCGCGGUGACACGCCUUUGAGGUUGAAAAUGGGCGUAAGGAGGAGCGCCGAGUUUCGUCGGGUUUCUACCCAUGCCUGCGGGUAA